AGCUGCUAUGGCUGAGGAAAGUAAUUUGAGAAAAGACCCCAACGGCAGUGAUUGUGAAGGACCUGAGGCAGAAAAAGAAAACAUUCGGAAUCCAGAUCUGCAGGUCGAGGCACCGUCGUUAUUAUCGUCGUUCUGGUGGAGUAGCUGGUACGAAACAGCAAAGUCAAAGUCAUCAGCUGCUUUGACUUCAGUUAAAAAGGACAUUACAGAGUUCACUGAAACCUUUCAGCAAGAUGCAGCAACAGCAUUUCAAUUCAUCAAGAGAGACUUGACAGAAUUUUCUGAGACUGUCCAGCAUGAUACUGCUUCAGCUGUUGCUUCAACAGCCAGUAUGCUUCGAGAUAAACUUCAG